UAAUAAUAAUAAUAAUUAAAAAUUCAGUCGCUCCCCUAUUUUUCUUCUCCCCCGGCAGACCCAACAAGAAGAAGAAACACCCCCACUUUCUCUCUCUACAUAUUUCUCAGCCAAUGCCCAUCUUUCUCCACAAUAUAGUAUGUUAGUUUCGGCUAGACAAUUUCUCAAACACCCCGUCGACACAUUUUGCUCCGUCAACUGUGGAACACCAUGUUCCGGGAAACUGCCCGCCUCCGCCGCCGCAGAACCACGGCGUAGCCAGGAGACCAACACCUUGUGUCGUGCCGGAUUUCCCAGAUGAACUGCUCUUCUUAACGUGAGAAAUUCUCCGACUUCACCAAAAGUGAAAAAAAAAAGAUCCGAUUUCUAACAAGGGGAAAACUUGAUCGCCGGCCGAAAUUCAGGCACCCAUUUCUAUAAUGUCUAACCCCAAUCCCAAUUCGACCUCAAUCGACGCGGCGGAGGACUCGACGGUGAAGGCGGUGAACAAGCGGUACGAAGGUCUGGUGACCGUCCGUACGAAGGCUGUAAAAGGGAAAGGCGCGUGGUACUGGGCUCACCUCGAGCCCAUCUUGAUCAGAAACCCCGAAACCAACGCGCCUAAAGCCGUGAAGCUGAAAUGCGGUUUCUGCGACGCCGCAUUUUCAGCGUCGAACCCAUCGAGAACCGCCACCGAGCACCUCAAGAGAGGAACCUGUCCGAAUUUCACCUCGCCGACGAACCCCAUUUCACAAUUACCCCCUCUCUCCUCGCCGAAGCAAAACCACCGCAAACGAAGCUCACAGUCACAACAAUCAGUAAGCCCUUCUCUGAACGCAUCUCCGAUUAACACGUUCGAUCCAUCUCGUUGUCUGAAACCACCGGUACUCUUGUCCGGUGGGAGAGACGAUUUCCGGCCAUUGGCACUGUUGGAAGACAGUGUGAAGAAGCUCAAAACUCCCAAAGCUUCUUCUUCUUCACCCGCCCCCACAUUGAGCAAACACCAAAUCAAAACCGCCUUCGAUUUUUUAGCCGAUUGGUUCUACGAAUCGUGCGGGUCGGUUUCGUUUUCGAGUCUCGAACAUCCCAAAUUCAAAGCCUUUCUUGAUCAGGUGGGCUUGCCUGCAGUCUCGAAAACCGAGUUUUCGACUGCAAGGCUCGAUUCCAAGUUCGAAAUAGCUAAAGCGGAAUCGGAAGCUAGAAUCAGGGAUGCUUCGUUCUUUCAAAUUGCUUCCAAUGGGUGGAAUAGCAAGAAUUUUUUGGCUGAUAAAAACCAGUGCUUGGUUAAUUUUACUGUUAAUCUCCCCAAUGGGUUAAGAAUUUUCCAAAAGGCAGUAUAUUCCGGUGGCGGUGGAGGCACAGUGCCGCCGCAGUACGUGGAGGAGGUUUUGUGGGAGACGGCUGCCGGCAUUUGCGGCGGCGAUGCUCGGAGAUGUGUGGGGUUCGUUGUGGAUAAGUAUAAAUCGAGCGCAUUGAAAAAUUUAGAGCUGGAAAAUCAUUGGAUGGUCAAUUUACCCUGUCAGCUUCAGGGGUUCUUGAGCCUGAUAAAGGACUUCUAUAGAGAACUUCCAUUAUUUAGAAACGUAGGCGACAGUUGUACGAAAAUCGCGAAUUUGGUUAACUCGAUGCCUCAGAUUAGAAAUAUUUUCAGUAAGAUCAGAUUGCAAGGGGUGGCUUUCGCUAGUUACAUCCGAGUUCCUCCUAAUAAAUGCGACGUAUCGAAGAAUUUAUCUCCGUUUAUUGGUAUGUUGGACGAUUUAUUGAGCUGCUCGAGAAUUCUACAUCUAAUAGUACUGGACGAUUCGUAUAGAGACGUUUGCUCGACGGAUGAUAAAGCUAGGGAAGUUGCUGAUGUCAUUCAGGAUGUUCGGUUUUGGAACGACGUGUCGGCUGCUCAUUCGCUGGUGAAAAUUAUCAUGGGAAUGACUGAAGAAAUCGAGGCGGAAAGGCCUUUAAUCGGGCAGUGCCUUCCUCUUUGGGAGGAGUUGAGGGCUAAAGUUAAGGGGUGGUGUAGUAAAUACAGCUUUGUUGAGGGACCAGUUGAGGAAAUAGUCGAAAGAAGGUUUAGAAAGAACUAUCAUCCGGCAAUGUCGGCUGCGUUUAUUCUCGAUCCUUUGUAUUUAGUUAGAGAUUUAAGUGGGAAAUAUCUGCCCCCUUUUAAGUGCUUGACGAACGAGCAAGAAAAGGAUGUGGACAAGAUUGUGACGCGUUUGGUUUCGAGCGAGGAGGCUCACGUUGCUGUUAUGGAGCUUAUGAAGUGGCGGUCGGAGGGUUUAGAUCCUCUGUACGCUCGCGCGGUUCAGGUGAGGCAGCGGGACCCACAGACGGGAAAAAUGAAGGUUGCGAAUCCGCAGAGUAGUAGGCUUGUGUGGGAGACUUGUUUGAAGGAGUUUAGGUCGCUCGGUAAAGUUGCUGUGAGGCUUCUUUUCCUCCAUGCGACCUCGUGUGGUGUAAAGUACGAUUUUGCCCUUAUGAGGUCGUUUUGUGGGAAAGGGGUUUCGGGGGAGGAUUUGGAGAGGGUUCAGAAGAUGGUUUUCGUUGCGGCUCAUGCGAAAAUCAAGAACAACGAACCCUCCGAUGAGGUUCUUGAUGACACAUCAUCACCUGUCUAGAGUUUUUUUUUUUUUUUUUUUUUUUUGGUGUAGGAUUUUAUUUAUUUAUUUAUCAACUUUUCUUGCUGUGUUUCUUUAGAUAUUGUGAGAAACAGAAACUGGUAGGCAGAAAAAAACUCAGUCUUGUUUGUAGUUAGGAAUCUAUAUCAGAAAUAUAUAUAACAUGAGAUUAAUGUUUGAUUAAUGAA